UUGAAGGACGAUUUCAUCGUCCUUCUUCUCUACGACGACUCAGAUUACUACUAUCGACAUCGACGCACUUUUCCACAGCCCACCAUGCCACCCGCUAAAUCCUCCCGCAAUCACGACGACUCCAAGUCGGACGCUCCCAAUUCCAAAGAAAAAGGUGGAAACGGCCAUUCUUCAACAAAGAUGCGCAGAAACGCCAGUCAACAAAACCACUCUCAUCUUCGAGAGGUUCAGAAUGCUGCUGCUGCUGUUCCUCAGCCGCCUGCUGAGCCUGUUCCUCCUAGCCUACAAUGGGCUUCCUUCGAACGAAACGUCCUCCAUGCCUACCGUCGCGAGCACCGUCUGAAUACCCCAACCUCUUUCUCCAACCCAUACUGCCAAUGGAUCCUGUCGCAGCCCAACAGCGUUGGUUUACACUCUCCGACCAUGGUCCGACGUCGACAAGCCCGGCGACAAAGCAAAGACCAGCUUGCGCUCUCUGUGCGCAAACAUUUUAAUGGAAUGGGCGUCCAGGAGAACGAUGUGAUCGUCGACUUUAUUUACAAGAUUCGUCACGACCCCAAUCGUAUCUCUAAACCAUACGUGGGCGGCAAGAAUACGAACUUUAUGAAAUGA